ACAGGUAAAGACAUGUGAAAACUCCCAUAGAAUCUAAAUCGCAGGAAACAAAACGAGACAAAUUAUAUUUCAUUUUCUAUCCCUCCAUGGUUCCAUCCCAAACCCCUACUAAACAAUCCACCCUAAACACAUUGUUGAGUGUUCCUCCACUUCCUCUCCCACCCAAAAUGUAAAAAAAAACCAGAACCAUGUCAUUGAGGAAUUUCAUCAAACACCUUCACCCCCACCACCUCAAACCCAAAAAACCCUCACCAUUCCCCUCUCUCCUCUUCACUCGUUCCCUUCAAACCACAACCCAAACCCUCCACCAAGACCAAUACCAAGACCCACAAUCCCUCCUCAAACAAGACCCAAUCGAAAUCUGCACCAAUCUUUGGGUCAAAACCUUCUCUUCCCCAAAAACCACUUCAUUCCCAAAUCUCACUGGUUAUCUCUCCAAUUUCGAUCUUUGGGUCUUCGCUUAUCAACGCUCAUGUGCUCAUUUCACCGGAACUUUCCCUCCCCGAAAUGCUAUUCACACCUCCAUCCUCCGUGAUCUUCUCUCCCUUCGUAACGCUGUUCUUCGUGGUCGUUUUUGCUGGAAUGACAAAACCCAUCAAUUGCUUCGUUCCCCAAACGACAAAAAGUUUUCAAAACCGUUAUCAAAACGAAAGCUUGAAGCUUUUGUACAAUCCAAUGAGCCUUGUUUUCAAGAUAGGGUUGUUCAAGAGGUUUUGUUGAAUGUUCUGGAACCAGUUUUUGAACCUAAGUUUUCUCCUAAAUCACACGCUUUUAGACCGGGGAGAAAUGCGCAUACGGUUAUAAGAACAAUUAGAAGUAAUUUCGCGGGUUAUUUGUGGUUUUUGAAGGGUGAUUUGAGUGAGAUUUUUGAGAAAGUUGAUACUGAUGUUGUGAUGGAAUGUGUUGAAAAGGGUACUAGAGAUAAGAAAGUUUUGAGUUUGAUAAAAUCGGCGAUGAUGGGUCGUGUGCCGCGGAGAGUAGUGGAAAGGGAGGAGUUGAAGAAAGAUAAGAAGAGGAAAGCUACUAGGAAGAGGAUUCUUAAAGAGAAUGAACCGAAACCGGAUCCGUAUUGGUUGAGAACAUUCUUUAGUUUUGCUCCUGAGGAAGCUGCUAAGGUACCUUGUUAUGGUCAUUGUGGGAUUUUAAGUCCAUUGCUUGCUAAUGUUUAUCUUAAUGAAUUGGAUCAUAUGGUAGAAGAAAUGAUUGUUGAGUUUUUUAGGCCAUGUAUGUUUGAUUCUAUAUGGAAGUAUUCGAUUGACGAUGGUUGUCAUAAUCCGGCUUGGCCUGAGUUUGUUCCGUCAAGUGGGAAGGAAAAAACUAGGAAGAUGGAUUAUAUAAGAUAUGGUGGUCAUUUUUUGAUUGGAAUUAGGGGUCCUAGAGAGGAUGCUGUUGAAAUUAGGAAGAAAAUUGUUGAGUUUUGUGAGAAUACUUUUGGGUUAAGGUUAGAUAAUUCCAAGUUGGAGAUUGAACAUAUUGCAAGGGGUAUUCAAUUCUUGGAUCAUAUAAUAUGCAGAAGGGUGAUACAUCCAACUUUGAGGUAUACAGGUUCUGGAGGUAACAUAGUGAGUGAGAAGGGUGUGGGAACUUUGCUUUCGGUUACUGCUAGCUUACAACAAUGUAUUCGUCAGUUUAGGCAGCUUGAGCUUGUUAAGGGCGAUAAAGACCCCGAGCCACUUCCGUGUAAUCCUAUGUUGUAUUCAGGUCAAGCUCACACGAACUCUCAGAUGAAUAAGUUCCUUGAGACCAUGGCUGAUUGGUAUAAAUAUGCUGAUAAUCGUAAAAAAGUUGUUGGCUUUUGUGCUUAUGUGGUUCGCAGCUCUUUGGCUAAAUUGUAUGCUGCUAGGUAUAGGCUGAAGUCUCGUGCCAAAGUGUACGGAAUAGCUUCACGAAAUCUCAGCCGGCCACUAAGGGAGAGUACCAACAACUCUGCACCUGAGUAUUCAGAUCUUUUGAGGAUGGGGUUGGUUGAUGCGAUUGAAGGUGUUCAGUUUUCGCAUAUGUCUUUGAUUCCAUCUUGUGAUUAUACUCCGUUCCCGAGAAAUUGGAUACCAGAUCAUGAGAGGGUGUUGCAAGAGUACAUAAAACUUGAUAAUCCUAAAUUUUUCUGUGACUUGCUCAGAUAUAUUAAGCAAAAAGGCUUAAGUAUUCCUCAAGAUGAAAUUUCUCAAAUGGUAUGGGACUACAAAACCCUCGGGGUGCGGUAUUUUCGUUCUAACAGGGAUAAAGAAGUAAAAGCUGAUUUAAAGGAGAUAACCGAGUAAGUUUGGCAUUGAUUGAAAAUUACCAGAGUCUUCUAAAUAUCAAGGUAGAGUGACUUUGGCCAAAAGUGUACUUGCAGCAGUCCCUAUCUAUCCCAUGAUGACGACUGUUAGUCCUAAAAGUUGUAUUGGAGAGAUGAAAAAAAUACAACGAGCUGUUAAAUAGGGUGAUACGGAGACGAGUAGACGCCAUCGUGUGAUUAGUCGGGAUAUUAUUACUCAACCAAAGUGCCAUGGUGGUUUGGGCAUUAGGAAACUUCAUGUGAUGAACAAGGCUUGUCUUAUGAAAUUGUGUUGGGGAGUUUAUUCAGAGAGAAGUCCGUAUGGAGUGAUGUAUUAAGAGGCAAAUAUCAAAGGGAUACUGAUUUUGUGACAAUGAUUCAGUUUCAGCUAGGUCUUCAGACUCGAAGCUUGUGGAAAGUGAUGGUGAAACUUUGGCCAGAAAUAGUGCGUAAUAGUUUUUGGUCAAUUGGUAAUGGAAAAAAUAUUGAUGCUUGGAAACAAAAUAAGCUUGAUUCUGAUAUGAACAUCUCCGAACUAAGUAUCGUUAUCCUUUAGGAAUUAUUAGGUGCAAAGGUUGCAGACUUAACAUAUGUGAAUAGUGAUUGGAAUUGGUUGAUGCUUGAGCAGUGGCUGCCAUCAGAUGUUUUGCAUAAAAUUCAAGCAAUGACACCUCCAAAUAGUUCCUUCUUAUAUUGCUCAACGUUGGGGGGUGUAUGAAGGUCUUCAGUAUGCUAGGAGGUUGGGUUUGAAUUCGGUGGAGCUGAGUUUUGAUUCUUUAACUGUGACUAGGACACAUUCAAAUGGAGAAGCGAUUAAUCCGAUUAGUCGUGGCUUGUUGCAAAAAACUAGGCGCUUGUUACAAUUGGAUUUGGAGGUGAAAGUGCAAUACACUUUUCGCGAGGCAAAUUCUUGUGAUGAUGCACUGGCCAAUAUGGGGUGUAGCAUGAUUUCAAAUAUGAUGGGUUAUGAGUCGUGCCUGGCUCAAAUUAUGCACUUGUUAGUUGCUGACCAAACGGGGGUUACCCUCGUUAGGUUAAGAUGUAAUUUUCUCGAGCCUUUUGACCCUCUAUGCAAUAAAAAAUAUUAUUUGUAUUGCAUUCAAAUAAA